AAGUCUUAGUUCUGUCAGCGAUAUAAACUUAUCUAUAUCAGAACUGAAAAAGAUGGAUUCCAAUUCCUUUUACAAUUUGCAUGGUGAAGGAAGAGAAACUCUAAAGAUAUCAGAACAUCAUAGUUUUAGACUCUUCGAUCACUUACAAUCUAAAGCACUCAAGGGAAAGACACUUACACAUCUGGGUGACCUGAAGAAUUCUGCAAGGCACAAGCAAGAGUCAAACACCAGGGGAAGUAUUGAUGCAGUAAGUUUACAUUCUGGAAAGGAAGUGCAAACUGAAAUACAGUGGAUAUCUGAGAAGAGAGUUUCCACAUUAUGCUUGUCAGAUAAAAUUGAAAAUUGUGAAGAAGAUGAGGACAGUGUAGAACUUACAACCAUGCAGGAAGCUGAAGUGAAAUUUGAACAGCUGAGGAAUGCAACUCUUGAUCAAUUGUUGAAUAUCAUUUCGACUUCCAAAGAAGAAAGAGUCAUCCGGGUCGUAGUUUCUGUUCUCUUAACUAUGAUAGCAGAGAACAAAACUGUAAUAGAGGAUAUCAAGAGAAAGGGAUUACGUUUGUGCAACUUGGUAACUGCCAUAAAAUGUAAUGUGCAUGAUGCAGCUACUCUAAUCUAUUUGAUAAGCCCAUCGCCUAAAGAAAUAAAACGUUUUGAGCUAUUACCCCAAUUACUGAAGGUGGCUUGCAAUUCGAGCAGAUAUAAAGAUGACUUCGUACAACCUGCACUAACACCUCGUGAAGCAGCAUUACUGAUGAUUGAAGUGCUAGUAACUUCCUUUGAUAGCGCCACAAAUAACAUCCAUUUGGCUGCAAUCAGUUCAAGUCAGGUUCUUUCUGAACUUGCACAUGUGGAAAGAUAUAGUAAUAUCAAAGAGAUCAGUUCUUUGGCAGCUGUUUUAGUAAAAUGCAUGCGGUUUGAUGGAAAAUGUAGAAGUUUAAUAUCAAACUGUACUCCUAUGGAUCCGUUUGUACAUCUACUAAGAAGCCAGUGCGCUGCACUUCAAUUUUUUCAUGAGAUCCUUUGCAUACCAAGGUCAUCAGCGAUAAGUCUAUUGAAUCAGAUACGCCAACCAGACAGCAUCAACUCUAUAAACAUAUUGAUGUCAUGCAUCCAACAGUCAGAACCUGAGUACAGGCUCAUGGCCGCAAACCUCUUGCUUCAAUUAGAUAUGCUGGAAGAAUCAUCAGACAAGAGCAUAUUCAGGGAAGCGGCUAUGGAGGUUGUCCUUGGGUCGAUUACAUCUGAAGAAAGCUCUAACACGCAAAUACUAUCAGCUAAUAUACUAUCAAAUCUUGGAGGGACUUAUGCUUGGACAGGAGAACCCUAUACAGUGGCACGGUUGGUAACAAAAGCAGGUUUAAAAUCAUUCCAUCACAAGAAUAUGAUAAGAACCUUUGAUUGGUCAGAACAAAUCCUAGAGGAAACUAGCAUAGAUGAAUGGUGCAGAAAGAUUGCAAGAAGUAUCAUUACAAAAGGGGAACCUUUAUUCCGAGCAUUGGAGAAGGGACUAAGCAGCAAGAUAAAGAGUGUCUCAAGAGACUGUCUCAUAGCUAUUGCAUGGAUUGGCUGUGAAAUUGCCGUGAAGACUCCCCAAAAACUCAGAUACACUGCCUGUGAAAUUUUACUAAGUGGAAUAGAGAAGUUUCUGCAUCCUGGUUCAGAUCUGGAAGAGAGAUUACUAGCAUGUUUAUGUGUCUAUAAUUAUGCUUCUGGCAAAGGCAUGCAAAAACUGAUUCCGUUUUCGGAGGGAGUGAGAGAGUCGCUAAGGCGUCUUUCAAAUAUUUCAUGGAUGGCAGAGGAAUUACUAAACGUAACUGAUUAUUUCCUUCAAACUAAAUCUCGCAUUUCUUGUGUCCACACACAAGUUCUGGAGAUGGGUCAGAUCUGCAAUGAAGCUGUUAACGCUCUCAUCUACUACAAAGGACAACUUUACAGUGGACACUCAAAUGGCUCAAUAAAGGUAUGGGAUAUCAAUAAAAAACGGGCCAAACUUGUAUGGGAUGUCAAAGAGCACCACAAAGAAGUGACAUGCUUUGCGCUUUUUGAACCCGAAGGCAGUCUUUUAAGUGGAUCCAGUGAUAAAACUAUCAGGGUGUGGAAGAUGGUCAACCAGAAACUGGGAUGCAUAGAAGUAAUAAGUACAACAGAACCAAUCCACAAAAUCGAGACAUGCGGUCAGCAGAUCUUUCUAAUUACUGAGAGUCGUGGACUAAAGGUGUUCGAUGAGUCCAGAACUGCCAAAGUUAUUUGCAAGAGUAAACAAGUGAAAUGCUUGACAGUAAAUCAGAGAAAACUUUACCUGGGAUGCACAGAUUCAUCUAUCCAGGAAGUGGAUGUACCAAAUGAUCAACAUCGAGAACUUAAAUCUCCGGCAAAGAGAUGGCUCAAGCAAAAGAAGCCAGCAAAUUCAGUGGUUGUUUAUCGAGACUGGCUUUAUGUUGCAAGUUCCAUAGUUGAAGGUUCAAACUUCAAGGAAUGGAAAAGGAAAAUUGAACCCCAGAUGUCCAUAGCAGUCGGGAAAGGAGAAAAUGUGGAGAUAAUGGGAGUAGUAGAGGACUUCAUAUACUUGACCUGCAGCUCGUCUCCAAGCGUCCUUCAGAUAUGGUUAAGAGAGACACAACAAAAAGUGGGAAGGUUAUCAGCAGGCAGCAGAAUAACGAGUCUACUCACAGCAAAUGACGUUGUUAUAUGUGGUACAGAAACCGGAUUGAUCAAGGCAUAUUACGCUAGCACAAACGAUAAAUUUAAUUAUCUAAUAGGAGAACUAAGAGGAUGCUCGGAUGGUAAUUUUGAUGCCCUUAACAUAGGGAGCAUACCGAAUCAGUUAAACGUGCUUAACAGUUAUGGCAAUAAGUAUUCUCAGGACAUUAAUCAUUCAUUCCAAUCUAGAGAAAUUAUUAUUCAUGGUUCUUGUAAUGGCUUGAUUUUAGUGAGUAGUAAGUCAGAGGUAAGGGAAAGUCGUCGUAGUCUUUGUCUUUGGAACCCGGCUACAAGAGAAGUCAAGAGAGUAGGAGCGUUGAUGGAAUCGCGCUACGACAUUAAUGCAGAACAUGAGCAUCAAGUUUACGAAAUUGCAUGUCAUAUACAUUAUGGAUUUGGAUAUAACAAAAACAUUGAUGAUUACAAGAUUGUCGGAUUUGAGAUCGAGAAAUCCGUACGAAUGUUACCACUGGAAGAUGAUCACGGUGAUGAGGACGAGGAUGUUCCUGAGGUUGCCUUGGGCUGUAUGGUCUCUGUAUAUUCACUAAAAUCGAAUUUGUGGAAAUGCAUACCGAAACGCAUCUAUUAUGACAUAUAUAGCGAACACGAUUUGGAGCCUGUGCAUGUCAAUGAAGAUGAUUUUGUAGAAACAUUGGGUGAUCUGGGAGGAAAUUUGUGCAUGAUUGAUGAUUCUUAUGGUGAGACUAAUGACAGCGUCGAGGCUUUGGGCCAGCUGGACAGGGGUGCAAAUGCAACCCCUUGCAAUGGUCUGGCUCCGAGAUUGGUACACAGAUCCGGCUAUGCCCUCAUAGCAGCUCCUGACAAGACAGGUUACUUAAGCUGCUUAGCUACUUCUGGUGCUGUUUCUUCUACUGCUGGGCUUGUUACUGGCAGUUUGAUUCAUACUGCUGAUGGGCUCGUUUCUGCAUAUCCACCUCCUGGUAGUACUACUACUACCAAUCAAUAUACCGGAGAAUCUACUGAUCGAAGGUACUUAUCAAGGGAGCUUAAGAAAGUGGAGAAGAAUAUUGGAAGGGAUUUAGAUAUUAACGAGGGUCCAAAUCAUGUUGUUGUAACAGCUUGUGAUACUGGUGCAUAUUAUAUUGAUGAUGCUGCGAGGAUGAUUCAGUUUGUUAGGCUAAAUCUUAUGACUUUAGGUUCCAAAUCAGUUUGA